UGCGGGCUUCGGAUUGCCUAGCUCUGGAAAUCUGAGGCUCCUUCUGGAUGAGACCUGAGCUGUUCGUGCAGCCAGAAAAUCCGGGGUUCCAGCACGGAGGGGAUCCAUCGCUCCAGAUAAUACGUCCUGAUCCUCAAACUAAAAAGAAAACCCCAGGAAGGAAUGAAGGAUGAAGCUCUACAUAUAGUAGUUACUCAAUAAACAUUUACCAGAGGUGAGAAGAAUUCCAUGAAGACAGACAGGAUUAACCAAGAUAAUGGUGUUUGAUUUCACAGAGUAAAUUCUCUUGGAGAAGAAUUUUACAGAUAUCCAAAAAUGAUUGAGAUUGAACAGGCAGAGGCCCAGCUCUCUGAGCUAGACCUGCUCGCCAGUAUGUUCCCCGGUGAAAACGAGCUCAUAGUGAAUGACCAGCUGGCUUUAGCAGAAGUGAAAGAUUGUAUUGAAAAGAGGACAAUGGAUGGACGAUCUUCAAAAGUUUACUUUACUAUCAAUAUGAACCUGGACAUAUCUGAGGAAGAAAUGGUGAUGUUUUCUCUGGCCUGUAUUCUUCCCUUUAAAUACCCUGAAGUUCUGCCUGAAAUUACUGUCAGAUCAGUAUCACUAAGUAGAUCUCAGCAGACUCAGCUGAACACAGAUCUAACUGCAUACCUGCAAAAGAACUGUCUCGGAGAUGUCUGUAUAUUGAAUGCCACAGAGUGGGUUAGAGACCAUGCUUCUGGCUAUAUCAGCAGAGACACCACACCUUGCCCUGCUCCAGGAAGUACAGUCCAGCCAGUUGAUCUCAUUCUCACAAGACUGUGGAUCUAUAGCCAUCACAUCUACAACAAAUGCAAAAGAAAGAAUAUUCUAGAGUGGGCAAAGGAGCUUUCCCUCUCUGGAUUUAGCAUGCCUGGGAAACCUGGUGUUGUUUGUGUGGAAGGCCCACAAAGUGCCUGUGAAGAAUUCUGGUCAAGACUCAGAAAAUUAAACUGGAAGAGAAUUUUAAUUCGCCAUCGAGAAGACAUUCCUUUUGAUGGUGCAAAUGACAAAAUUGAAAGAGAAAGAAAAUUUUCAUGUUUUGAAGAAAAAGUAUUCAGCGUGAAUGGAGCCCGAGGAAACCAUAUGGAUUUCGGUCAGCUGUAUCAGUUUUUAAAUUCCAAAGGCUGUGCAAAUGUUUUCCAGAUGUUCUUUGGUGUGGAAGGACAAUGACUGGGCAGAGGAGUAGUUGAAAGUAUUUUGUCACUGUUGGCCUUUCGACUUUUCCCCCCCACUGUCUCUUGAAAGAUGAAGUAAUUCUUUUUUAGCCCCCUUCCAGAAUGUUAGGGGGGAAAAAAGAGGGAAAAAAGGUAGUAUAGCUGAAAUGUAUCUGUUAAAAAGAUGUCAUAACUGAAAGGAGAACUGUUUUAAGUAUAAUCUUAAAAUCGUUGAUAGAAAGUUCUUGACAUAGAAAUUACCCAUUUUGAAAGAGAAAUUAAUUACACCAGAGGGAGAGGCAGGUCCAGCUUGCCAUCUGCUCCCACCUGUCCCCCCAGCCCUGCUUCCACUAAGAACCUGGAAAAGCUAGAUGUUCACUCUCCCAGCCUCUCUUCCACUAGGGGUGGUCUCAACACACGGCUUUGGGUGGGGGACUACUGGGGAAACUUCUGCUUUCCUGGUCAAAAGCGCAGAUGCAGCGAGGGCACCUCUUCUUCCCCUUCCUGCCACAGACACUACAGAAAAGGCUGAAGCUGCAGUAGGGUAGGAAGGGCCAAGAAAACCACAGAGAUGCCCGUCCCCACGUUGUUGAGCUGCCGAUCCAACACCAGCCCCUGCCUAUCUCUAGACAGCUUGUUAUGAAAUAAAACCAGUUUCGUUU